AUGGUAGUCGACGCGCCAGAGACACCAGCGCCAGUUUUUGCGUACAGAGCCUUCAAAAACGCGAUGCUUGGGACUCCAGUCGCUGAAGUAGACGAGGACAAGGACUUGACCAUUCCAAUACGGCCACUAAAUCCAAGUUCUAACAAGAAAAAAGAUGAACUGAAAAAGACAGCUCAGAAACUCUCAUCAGGCGAGGAUAGAAAUAUGGAUAUUCCCAAGCUUGAGCCAAAGACACAGGAGCCCGCGCAUGCGGUAGCAUCCCCCUCGAAAAGUAUUCUACUCACCCCUGGAACUGCUACCACGCGCCGGAAGACGGUAUCAUUUGGAGCUGGUGUGAAGGAUAACGAACGCAAGCCCGUUUUCCUUGACGAUGAGCGUGAUCUUGAGUUAAGUGGAGGAAAUAUCAGCAGCCAAUGGUCAAUGAGCGUGUCCAGUGGCUCAGGGCGCCGGAGCAAAUUGACGCAGUCGUUGCUUGAAGCCCGAGAAGAGAAAUUUGGGCAAAAAAUAGACGACCUUGAUGAUAUCGACCAUACGAAGAAAGAAGAGCGCAGAGAUACCUCUCAUAAAGACUUUGAAGAUGACUAUCAUAAUUCAGACCAAUCAGAGGAGGAGGAAGAUGUUACAACCAACCUCGAGGCACCGCACUCCCAGUCAGGAAAGUAUUGGAAAUCUGAAUUCGAAAACUACCGUACCAAAACCGAAAAAGAAAUACGAAAACUCAUUGAAUACCGCUCUGUUGCUAAGUCUUACGCAAAGAAGAAGGAAACAGAGGCUCUUCGUCUAACCGAAAAACUGAAACAAGAAGAGUCAAAAGUGGCAGAAAUGGAGAAACGUGUCUCUGAACUUGCUGCUGGUAUGGUUGGUGGUGGUGAUGGUGAUAACCAGAACAAGGACCAGAUGUUUCGUGAACUCUCCAGGCAAACUGCUGCCGCCCUACAGUAUAAACAAAAGGCAGCGACCUUCAGAAAAACACUGGAAGACCAUGGCAUUGUUGAGAAUAGUAAAGACCCUCUAACAGAGGGGCUCUCGGCGGAGGAGACUGCACAGAAACUUCGUGAAGUUGAACAAGCCCUGAGAGAGACCCAAGCCCAACUACGGGAGAGUAGCGGAAAUGCGAAAUUGAAAGAACUACAAGAACUUGUCCGAAGCUCGGAACGGAAGGCUGCUGAGCUCAAAAGAGAAAACUUAUUGUUACAACGAAAUCUUGACAGAGCCAAAACUGAGCUUCUACAUGUUGGAGAACGACGAAAGGCGCAAGAAGAAAGAGCGAAGCAGCGCGAAGAGCGGCUCGAGUCUCGCGCCCAAGAAUAUAGUAAGCGCUUAACAGACUCUUUACGGGAUCAUCAGGCCGCAGAGGAUGCGCUUAGGAAGAGUUUUGAUAUUGAGAGGAAACAAAUGCAGGAGACCAUUGAUUUACUCAAAGGAACAUUGUCCCUGCGUUCUGAUAAUCCUCAACUCCAAGCGCAUGCUCGCUCGUCGCGGCGUGACGAGACUACGGGGGACAUAUCUGAACGGUUGAAGGAAGAUACAAGGCGUAGCCGCCACGCGAGAGUUGAUUCAUACGACUCGGACAAUGACAAGCUAGAUAUUACUCUUCACAGUGAUAAGGAAGGAUUGAGCUCACCAACACAAUCACCAGCCAAACGCUGUGAGGGUGCUCAAAGUACUGCCCCUAAAAGCCCUUUUGACGAGGAAACUAUUGGCGCCCUUCUUAAGAGCCUUAGAGGGGAAACAGGUCCGCCAAAGAAGCAAUAUACGCAAAACAGCUCCUCCGGGCAUGUUCUGGAUGAUACAGAAGCUACCAGUAGCCUCCUUCCGGCCAGUGUUCGCCGCAAGCUGCAACAUAAAUCUGAUACCCAAAAAUCCAACAAACAUUCUAGAAAUUCUGACGAACCACUUAAUCUUGCCGAGGAACUGUUCAUUAGACUUGGUGGUUCGGCCCGAAAUCUAGAAUCCCUUCGUCAGAAAGACGGUGAUAUGACCAACGGUACUCUAGGGUCAGCUCCCACGGCUACCUGUGAUAUUAAACCUACAUCCAUCUCGAAACCGGGCUCCAAACCACGAACUUCAUAUCGUCCAGGCCAUUCUCCUCGCCCUUCCCUCUCCUAUCUGAAUUCAGGCCGCGUGGACACGCUGCCUAAAAGACCAAAAUCAAGGACAACGUCACUACCUUCACGGCAUCGCACUGUUAAUUCUUCAUCGGACCUAAACCGCCAAUCAACGGCCAAGCCAGAGGGUCCUGCUCAAUCAAAGUUAGAUUCUAUACCAUCGGAUCGGCUUGCGGCAGCCAAGGCAAGAUUAAAGCAGAGGCAGCUUAAUGCAAAGAUUGAGGCGGAGGACAAGGAGAACAUGCUUGCGGUGUAG